AUGACGAGGUCCGAGCCGUUGACUUCGUUGGCCUUGGGCCGGUCUCCUUACGAUGAUGUAGUGCAAGGAGAGGGUCCUCACGACCCCCGUCUGCCUGCCCAGGCCUACGAUGAACGUGGCAGACCCGUCAAUCCCGAGGCGAGGCGUCUUAAUAGGGAGCUGAUCCGGGCACACAACGAAGUCAUGCACGCUAUCGGCGUCGCUGAGCCUGAGGAUGGUGGUGCCGAACGGCUGGCUGCCGAAGUGCAGCGUCUGAAGGCUAAAGCCAACGCGGACCACAUAGGCUCGUGCAUGCACUACGUCGGAAUUCACGCCCUCAAUGGAGGUAGUCUAGGAAUUGACGGAGUCAAGAGUCGCAUGCUGGCAUACAAACGAUACAAUAAUGUUCCUCUGGCAGACCUCUACUAUUACGAGCGCGGCCAAAGAUCUCUCUUUGCCCUCCUCUUUCCUGGGCUUCCCUGCUUCAUCGCAGAUGAACUGAUUAAUCAUAUUCGCUUCGAGACUUUUUCUCAUGUUAAUUCCUCUGUUCUGGACACAAUAGUCGUUUACAUACGAGCUCACCUCCAGAUUUUCAUGCCCGUACAGUCCCUCGGCCUUGCUCCCAAAAACCAAUGGUUCCCCGGACUGUCCUUCUUCCUUUUCUUCUCGGACGAGUCUCCCGUAGCGAGACCGCCACCCUUGCGCUCGUUCCAGCCAAGGGACGUGAUCAGCUGGCUCGGCGGAGUGGCGAUAAGCCUCGCGCCGCUCGUGGCGCACCAGCUGACCGGGCGGUUGCAGGAAGUCCUGGGCCUCUUCGUGGGCUUCACCUUCUACCGCCUGCUGCCAAAGCCGAGCAGGGAUGACGAGAUGCGGAGCGCCGCGUACUACUCGCCCCGGCCGGAGCAGACGGGCGCCCCCGAGCAGACGCCGCUGCUUUCGCACCUGAGAGAAAACCUCCACCGGCCCAGGCGGACGUCCGACGGCGUCCCGAGGCCAGAGAGCGUCGUGCUCGGGGGGGAAGGUGUUGCAGAGCAGAGCCAGGCUCCACACGCCGCCAUCCGCAGGCAGAGCACAUUCUCGUCGGUGCCGGCCGCGGAGGACUACGACAGCGACGAAGACGACGAAGAGGGCGCGGAGCGCGUCUUCGCGACGCUGGUCCACGUGGAUAGGGACCCGGACGAACUGGCAUCGGACGGACCGCCGGGCGUCUGGUCGGCCGAGCUGCGGCCCAACGCCCCCACCGAAGGUAGCGUGCGAGGCGACGACGGGCCAGACGGCGACCACCGUGGCGUCCGCUACAACACCAACCUGCACACCCUCUUCCCGGCCCGGCUGGCCUCGGACGUCUUCCAGAGGGCCGUCGUCACCUGCCUCCUCACGCCGCUGCAGGCCGUCACCAUCAGGCUGCUGGCCCGGAGCUACAUCGGCCGUAGGCCGGGCGGUGCCGAGGCCCUCUCGGGGGUGUUUGGCAUCUCGCCGUUCAGCGACCUGUCUUGGAGGGGCGUCGGACGCUUGGUGAUCUUGGACAUGGUGGCGUUUUUGAUCCAGGCCGAGAUCUGGUCGGUCAUGGCGCUGGUGUCGGAAUGUCUCCGGGAGGAGGAGCCCGAGAACUAG